GCAGCCCCAGCCCACACACUGGGAGCAUGUCGAUCCAGGAGAAUGAGAACACAAAACCCCAACAGCUUUGGUCAUGGAUCUUCAAGUCCCAAAGGGACUUAGCAAAGUCCAUUCUAACUGGGGCUCCAGGAGGGCCAGCGGGGUACCUGCGGCGGGCCAGUGUAGCCCAACUGACCCAGGAGGUGGGCACGGCCUUCUUCCAGAGGCAGCAGCUGUCAGCGGCAAUGGCAGACACCUUCCUGGAACACCUCUGCCUGCUGGACAUCGACUCGGAGCCCGUGGCUGCUCGAAGUACCAGCAUCAUUGCCACCAUAGGGCCCGCAUCUCGCUCCGUAGAGCGCCUGAAGGAGAUGAUCAAGGCCGGGAUGAACAUUGCUCGACUCAACUUCUCCCAUGGCUCACAUGAGUACCACGCUGAGUCCAUCGCCAAUGUCCGAGAGGCGGUGGAGAGCUUCGCGGCUUCCCCACUCGGCUACCGACCGGUGGCCAUCGCUCUGGAUACCAAAGGACCAGAGAUUCGCACCGGGAUCCUGCGGGGGGGCCCGGAGUCGGAAGUGGAGCUAGUGAAGGGCUCCCGGGUGCUGGUGACCGUGGACCCGACGUUCCAGACGCGAGGAGACGCGAACACCGUGUGGGUGGACUACCCCAACAUCCUCAGGGUCGUGCCGGUGGGGGGCCGCAUCUACAUCGACGACGGGCUCAUCUCCCUCGUGGUCAAGAAAGUCGGCCCAGAGGGACUGGAGACCGAGGUGGAGAACGGCGGCGUCCUGGGCAGCCGGAAGGGCGUGAACUUGCCGGGCGCCCAGGUGGACUUGCCAGGGCUGUCGGAGCAAGAUGCCCGGGACCUGCGCUUUGGGGUGCAGCAUGGCGUAGACAUCAUCUUUGCCUCCUUUGUGCGGAAAGCCAGCGAUGUGGCUGCGGUCCGAGCUGCUCUGGGUCCAGAAGGACAGGCCAUUAAGAUCAUUAGCAAAAUCGAGAACCACGAAGGCGUGAAGAAGUUUGAUGAAAUCCUGGAAGUGAGCGACGGCAUCAUGGUGGCACGGGGUGAUCUGGGCAUCGAGAUCCCAGCAGAGAAGGUUUUCCUAGCUCAGAAGAUGAUGAUUGGACGUUGCAACUUGGCGGGCAAACCAGUUGUCUGUGCCACACAGAUGCUGGAGAGCAUGAUCAGUAAGCCCCGGCCAACACGGGCAGAGACGAGCGACGUGGCCAACGCUGUGCUGGAUGGUGCAGACUGCAUCAUGUUGUCAGGGGAAACUGCCAAAGGCAGAUUUCCCGUGGAGGCCGUAAUGAUGCAGCAUGCGAUUGCUCGGGAGGCAGAGGCUGCAGUCUACCACCGGCAGUUGUUUGAGGAGCUGCGCCGGGCAGCACCGCUGAGCCGUGAUCCCACUGAAGUCACUGCCAUUGGCGCUGUGGAAGCUUCCUUCAAGUGCUGUGCUUCAGCCAUCAUCGUGCUGACCACGACUGGCCGCUCAGCCCAGCUUCUGUCUCGGUACCGACCUCGGGCAGCGGUCAUUGCUGUCACCCGCUCUGCGCAGGCUGCCCGCCAGGCCCACCUAUGCCGAGGAGUCUUUCCCUUGCUUUACCGUGAACCUCCAGUGGCCAUCUGGGCAGAUGAUGUGGAUCGCCGGGUUCAAUUUGGCAUUGAAAGUGGAAAGCUUCGUGGCUUCCUUUACAUUGGAGACCUGGUGAUUGUGGUGACAGGCUGGCGACCUGGCUCUGGCUACACCAACAUCAUGCGAGUGCUGAGUGUGUCCUGAGAUGCUCCUCCCCCUCUGACCCAGCCAGCCCUGGACCCCAUCCCUCCACUCCACGCCACCCACACCCUCCGUCUGUUUUGUCUGCUCCCAGGCUCGCCCAUCCCCCCUCGCCACACAGGCCCGCAGAGUCUGGCCGUCCGGCAGCUCCAGUGCUCUCGCCCAAUGCUCUUAGCUGGACCCUAAGAUGCUCUGAGCCUUUAAUCCCAGCUUAACCGGCUAAUUCUAUUCCCCCAGGCUUCCCACAGCUGGAGGGGGGGGGAG